ACACAAAGCAGAGCAGCGGGACGCGGGCUGCAGCUCUUCCUGUAAUUGUCUCUGAUAGUAGGGAAUCUCACGUCGCCUACUAAGGAGGAUUAUCUGUCGUAUCCUGUUGGGAAAAGGCCAUAUGGGUUUAUUUUAGGUAAAUACACCUGCACUUCGCACCUCUUGAUCCCACCCACUACCUUUGGGAUCUGUUUAAGCCUGUGGCUAUUCAAAGCUUCAAUUAAACAAAUAGUCCUGAACAGAUGCAGAACAUGGAAAAGGAUUAAUUUGUACACAAAUUUACAUCUCUAAAACAACUUCACCACUGUGUUUUUAUCCUCCCUCGCACCAUCUCUUUCUUACGGCCUGAGUCUCUCAACAUUCCUCCUCCAUUUCUCUUCCAUUCAUCUUGCAAGAUGGACUUCAAGAACUUAAGGGAGUACCUGGCCUGGCUGUACUACCAGUACCUGCUCAUCACCGGCAUCUAUGUCCUGGAGCCCUGGGAAAAGUCCGUCUUUAACUCCAUCCUCUUCUCCGUCAUUGCCAUGGUGACCUACACCUCAUAUGUCUUUGUGCCCAUCCACUUGCUCCUUGCGUUGGAAUUUUUCUCCGGGAUCUUUGGUGGGCAACCUGAGAGCACCAUGGCACUCAUGAAUUAAAACAUAAAAAGAGGUGCCGUGGAUUAGUUAGGGUCCCCAAAUAAUUCCUUAGAACUCUACUCCUUAUCUCCCUCAAGAGUACCUUGAGCACCACGUUCACCCUGAACCUCAGCUAGACUGAAAGCAUGAAGAGCUUAAUGAAAUGAUCUGGAAAUCAGAGCCUUAUUAUCUUCUUUACAUCCCAAAUCCUGCUUACCCCAUGGUAUUAGACACACGGCUGGACAUUUCUUUCACACCUCUUGUGUAAGUGCAUGCCAGCUCUGUGUAUGCAUGACAGGGUCAUACAUGGGUAGCAUAUCUGCAUGCUAGCCUCACUAUUAAAUACUACUCGACUCUCUUCCUUCCAUUAUGACUUUAAGUAAACUGAACUUGAUGUGUACAAUUGGUAGAGUGCCUUUAAGUGUCUGUGUGUCUGUGUUUAUCUGCUGCAUCUGUGAUGCAAUAUUAUACCUGAUAUACAUUUAUAUCUGAUCAAAACGGAGUUACCACUCACCCCAACAUUUUUUUGCAUGCACUUAAUGUAAAUGGUUGAUCUACGGUUUUGUAUCUGAGCCUCUAUCCCCCUUUUUUAUUAUCUGAUCUUAAAUGCAAAUGAACUCAAUCUCAAGGUGAUUCAAAGUUGUAACAUUUCCCAAUUUACUGGUCAAAGAGAGAGAAAAAGCAAUUUGCACAUAGAUGUGUGCUGAGCCCACAGCAAAUAUUGAUUCAACACAACUUUUUGUUUUUAAGUCUUGGCUUUGUUAAUGAUAUAGUUGUACUUAAUUGAACAACCUCAGCCUUUGAACUCAAAGCAGAACUAUCUGCUAUCACAAUGCAAAUUACAUGCAAAUAUACCUGAAUCAAAGCUUGGCGGUGAAAUACUAAAACUGUCUUCUUCACAUAUAGUGGAUCUGUAGAGAAUGAACCAGAGACAGAAAAAGACAUUGUGUAUUUGGUAGUUGUGAUGAGCAUUGCACUUAUUUGUGUGCUUAACAUUAUCUGAGAUUAUUAAUGCUUUGGGUCAGUGGCUCGCUGAUUACAGUGUCAUAUGGUGUCUGUGUUAACUCUAUUUAUAUUGCCUUAUAUAUUUAUAUACACUGGUAAAUGCUUGGCUGGUUACAAUGUCAAUUACCAAAUAUGUUUUGUUUAUAUCUGUGUUCCCCUGUGGCCAUAAAUAACAUGUACUUUUUACUUUGCUUUUAUAUUGUUCCCAGAUUGUAUAAUUUCAUUUUGGUUUUAUUGAACACUUGUAGUCCCAAGAAUGUCCUUUGCUUGCUUUUUUUCGUUGUUCUCCAAUAUUAACUUUUUAUUUAUACGUGAUGGCAACAUAUCACAGAAAUAUUCAGAAAAUAAAGACAUCUA